AUGAGUCCGAUUCGUUGCCAUGCCCUCGAGCCCAACAUUCCCAGCAAAAGCGUCAGCGUGGUCGGCGUGAUAAGCAGCUGUUGGUCCACCCUAACCCCAAACAACCUCCUUCCAGGAGACAUCAUUCUCGCGCUUCACCCUGUCUCAGCCUCUCCUUGCCCGGAAGACGCAGCAGCACACGCGGUGAUCAGUCGGAUUGAUCUGAGUCGGAUCCGUCAAGUGCGGAGUCUGCGGCGUCUGGUUGAGAUGGUUGCUGUGGGAUGUGCCAUCGGAGCGUUUCGCGGAUGCACGGCGACUCUCACGGUGCUUCGAGGGACCAGCAAAUUCAUUAUAGCAGUGGAGAUUUCGCCAUCAGCUUUGGCAACUGAAUGCUAUAGCGGAUGCGACUUUGGGGCUAUUCAAGGGUCAACUGGAUACUGUUGCGGAGCUGACGGCUCUUUCACUGGCUGCUUUAGCAUCGAAUGGGGGCUGGAGUCUAAAGUAGCGUCCGUCGGGAAGGAGAACAGCGCUCCUCCGUUCAGCAGUGCGGAUGCGUUCGAGGAGCCGAGAGUUGAAAGCGAUAAAGACGAGCCGCUGUACAGGCCGCUGCUGGUGGAUUUCAGCCGCGGCUGGCGGCAGAGGAGGGUCGGUGACAUGGCAGCUGGUGGAUCUGUUUGUCAGGAUGCUGCUGCAGGAUAA